AUGGUGCUGCGACGUGUGUUUUAUUUUCUUGUUUUCCUUCUGAACAUUAUCUGUGUGUGUGGGGCGACUGGUGUUUAUGGUUCAUCUCACCCAGAGCCACCAGAAGAAGCUGAAGCACUCUCACCCUCUCAAUCUGAUGAUUCUCUUGAUCAACGCCUUACUACGGAUCUUUCUUCGAAUAGGGAUCAUUCCAUUGGAGAUCUCAAAACAUGUACCAGUAACACGAAGGAUUGUCAACCUGAUCCUGAAUCUCCACUUGAAGUUGCUACUUCUGAAUGUUCCUCUGAACCUCCAGGUACUUGUAAACAAUUAGCAGAAGUUCCUCCACAUCAUUCUCCUGCAGAACAACGACAAGAAUCCAGUGUUGGUGCUGGUGAAGCUUGUUCUUCAGGUACUACAGGCACUCGGUGUAGUAGUAGCGGUGUUGAUACUGAAGGUUCUCAUGGUGAAUGUGAUAAACUUCCUAAGAAGGAAGAUUGUGCUACCACUGAACGCACAACCAAAGGCAACUGCGGUGACGAUUCUGGUAAAACGUGUCCAGCAAACCAAUCGGAUCUCACACAAAAAGGAAAAGAUCACCGUGGUGGACAAGGUGUUUCUGCUGAACGUGGGUCCGUCAUUGCUGAUUCUUCCGGUAAAACAAGUGAAUCUGGUCCUGGUCAUUCGCCUACUGAUACUGAUCCUUCCACCCUUACUCUUACUGUUGUCAAACCUGCUGCUGGUGAGAGUGUUGGUGCGUCCACAACUGCAGCUCAACCUGAAAGCAGCGGCAACAGUGAAAGAGGUGAACGGUCAACUAAAUCGGAAAGUGAAGCAACACAAUCUUCUUCAAACACUUCAGACAAAGAAAGUACCAAUGGUUCUGAAACUAACACAGCUGGGAGUGGCACUACAUCUGAAGGGGUUGAAGGUGGUUCUGAUGCCACAACGAAUGAGAAGGAACGUACACCUGCAGAAAGUGAACGAACAAAUAACCAAGAAACUUCGAGUGCAGAGAGCGAAUCAAACACCACCACCAUCACAACAACAACACUUCCUCCUGAACUCACAAACAACAAGAAGGGUGAUGCAGACAGCAGCAGUAGUAUCAGCAGUUCUGUGUGGGUGCGUGUGCCACUACUGAUUGUGGUUACACUGGCCUGUAUUCUUGUGUGCUGA